AAAUGAAUGCAUUAAUGAUUUCUUCAGCUCUGUGUGUUCUAGAGCAGUGGAUCCAUGAAUUUUGAACUUCUUUUACUGUUGUAGCGGUGCGGGAUCAGCAGGAAUGAGUCAGGAAUGCUGAUUAAUGAGUGAUUAAUUCUGUUUAUUGCAUGCUCUCUCCUAUAAUUAGUGCAGACAGUUGUGUGAAAGAUGAAUGCAUGCUCGUGAUGCUGGACCCUCAAACAGGCAACAGAAGAAGAACAGCUGAUUCUGGAGGGUUGAACAUGAGAUCUUUCACAAAUCGCUGAAAUGAGAAAUGCAGAAUUCUUAACACACACACACACACACACACACACACACACACACACACACACACACACACACACACACACAGUCCUCAGAAUGACCAGAAGAUGGUAAUAAUGGCGUUAACUGUAAGAGGCAUUUGUAGACUGCUGAUAUGCUUUGUUUGAUUAAUGUGAAAGGUGUGUGUGUGUGUGUGUGUGUGUUUGUGUUUGUGUCUAGAUGAUCAGAGCGCCUCCCGCCGGUAAAACAUGGCACUGCCGGUCCCGGAGCGGCUGGAGGAUAACCGGAGGAUUAAAAGCACCGCAUUGUCUGCAUCCCCGAUGGCGACCGAAUGCAGCCAGCACGCGGUGUUACGCUUUAUCGAGGAGAGAGGAGGACGCGUGAAGAACGGGGAUUUGGCGGAUUAUUUUCGAGCGGCGAUACCACAAGAGCCCGCGCUGAAACAAGAGGCGAGAGAAGCCUUUAAACGUCACGUAGACACCGUGGCUUACGUGAAGGAGGAGAAUGGCGAGAAAUACGUUUGCCUAAGGAAGAGAUUUUGGGGAUGCCCGCGGAGCGCCGGGGGAGAGCGGGCGGACACCGAUGACCCUGCACCGGCAGCACGGGCCCGGACGCUCAGCUCAGGUUACGGAACUGCUGAUGCUGGAGGCGCAGAAACACACCCGCAUAUUUCUGAAGAGGGUGUGAACGGCGGAACACCAGCUGAACUCCGCGCGCACAUGGAGAACUCAGACAGCAACAGAUCCGCCGAACAGCGGCCGAAAGCAGCCGAGCAGCCGGAGGAGAGAGCCGCGGCCACGGGGGGGGAGGAGCGCGAUGGACCGGAGAGCCCCGGGUGGGUCGGCAGCAGCCCGGCGGAGCAGCAGCGGGACUCCGGUGAGUCCCCGGGCAGGUGCAGGGAGUGUCCGCGGGCCGACAGCGACUAUGAGGCCGCCGCGGUGACGCUAGAGCCGCUGGAGCACGCAUGGAUGAUGAGCGCGUCUGACGGGCACUGGGAGAGCCUGCGCCCGCUGCUGGACACCGAACCCGCGCUCGUGGCUCGGAAAGACUUUGUGACGGGCUUCACUUGUCUGCACUGGGCCGCGAAACUUGGCAAACACGAGCUGAUCGUCUUGCUCGUUCGGUUCGCCAGAGAACACCGGGUCUCCGUUAACGUGAACGCGCGCUCCAGCGCCGGAUAUACGCCUCUCCACCUGGCGGCGAUUCACAACCACCUGGAGGUCGUCAAACUGUUAGUCGGAGCGCUUGACGCGGAUGUGGAAGCUCGGGAUUACUACGGCAGAAAAGCGUGUCAGUACCUGAAGAGCGACGUUGCGCAAAACAUCCUGGAGAUCGCGGGGGCGUGCGCAGAGGCGGAGGGCGCGUGCGCGGGAGAGGCAGAGGGAGAGGCGGGCCGCUGGAGGCUGUCGAGGGUUCUGCAGUCCAGCUUCAGGCCUCUGAGGAUCCAGAACCAGGACUGCAGCGAUGAGGACAGCGUGGCCAAGCAGAAACCCCUGCGCAGAAAAUCCUCCUUUACUAAGAUGAAGCCCAGAGUCCGGCUGCGGGCACAGAUAGUCCACAGCACCUCUCUGAUGGACAGGUUUGAGAAAGAAGAAUCUCCAAAGCUCUCCAGACCCAAAUCUAACCUGUUCGGCUGACUGUGCAGAUCAGCAGUGUGUUUUAAGAGCAGCGCAGGACUGAAGUCAGACUGUGUGUCAGUACCGCUGAACACUGUCGGGGCUCCGGGAUGUUGUGUGGGCUUUUACACCGCUGAAUGAACAUGAUAAUGGUGUGUUAAUCAUGAUCAAUAUUGCUGGAAUAAUAGACUUUACAGAAGAGGAGAGAAGUGUGCUGUUUACAGAAACUAUGAGGACACGAGUUACUGAGAUCAGACAGGGCCGAGGCUUAAAGUUCACAUUUUAAUGUCAAUAAAUUGAAUCUUGUUUGAAAUAUU